AUGGACAGCGAGAUCCCCCUCCCACCGUCGCGGCGAGUCCGGCACCGCUCACCCGUGAAGAAUCCCUCAGCGACAGGCGCAGCGGUCUCGUUCCAGCGCGCACAGCGACUAUCACGCUUCGACGACCGCUCUAGUCAGCCAUCCAGUGAUCCUGCGCUUUUCUCAAGUGACGAUAUCCCGGCUUCCGGGCUGGAGAACUACCAUGCGCCAGUAUCGGGCGCGGGACGGAAACGGCGGUAUCGAGGGACCUGGUGGGGGGAGCAGGUGCUGGAUCCGAAGCGGAAAAGGGCAGACUUUAAGGAUAAGAGGAAUGUUGAUAGUGGUGUGUGGAUGGGGAGUGAUGAGUCGGUUGCUGAGUCGCUUUUGCCGUCGGAGGAUGGCUCGGCGUGGGGGGAAGACUUGCGCAAGUCUGUGCUUGAUCCUAGAAAACCUGGAAGCUCUAUACCUGUCAGUAUUGAGACAGAGAACAUGUCUUCACAGACUCGCAUUGCAUUCAAAAGUCCCGAGGAAUCCGAUCCUCAUCGGUUUGCCCGGGAGGUUAUCGGUGAUUGUCUUGAUAAAGGACAUGAAAGCAUUGACCUGGGUGAAUUCAAUCUGGGAACUAUACCACCCGGUCUUCUACUACCCCUACAGCACUUGACGAAGCUUCCAUCAGUCAAGAAAGCCCCGGUCUCAGAGAACGUCUUCACGUCUCUGCAGCCAUUCCUCAGCAUAUAUCUCCCCAACAACUCUCUAUCAACCCUGCACAAAGAUCUCUUCGAGCUCAGCAACCUUAAAGUCCUCAGCCUGCGAAACAACAAGCUGGCCGAAAUCCCAUCUACAAUCUGCAAACUGACAGCACUGGAAGUUUUGAACCUUUCCGUCAAUCAGUUGACCUACCUUCCCUGGGAGGUUCUCAAACUCAUCCAGCAAGGCGAACUGAAACACUUGACCGUACGCCCGAACCCAUUCCUCACAUACGACAAAGCGAAGAUCGCAGAACGGCACUACAACAACAAAGAAAAAGAGAACCACGAGGACUUGUCUCCUGCGGUCCAAUCGCACACGGAGAGGUGGGGUCCUCUCCACCUCGCAACAGGCACGAUCACCUACAUGGACAUGGAGGGCAAUCCUAUGGGAGACAGCCCAUCCAGCAACAGACUCACUCUCACACCAGGAUUGGCAUCUCCUGUAAACGACGCCCCAUCCCUCCGUGAAGUCGCGCUCCGUGCUGUGAGCAAGCUUCCUUACCUGGAGCAAACCACCGAUGAAGAGCUGGCCGAGUAUCCGGCGCUGAUUGUGCCCUUGCUGCAACAAGCGAGGGAAGUGCGUGCUGCUGGUGGAAAGUCCUGCUCCGUAUGCCAGCGGGAGUACGUGAUUCCCCGUGCUGAAUGGAUGGAGUGGUGGGACUUGAUACCGUUCGAGAAUGGAAUGAAGAUGCCCCGCUGUCCGAAUGAGAUGCUUCGGCCUUUACCGUUCCGGCGGUUCGCUUGUAGCUUGUCGUGUGUGCCGGGAUCUUGUUGA